UCUUUCCUUCUCAGGGUACACCCAUAAAAUAUGAAAGCAAUUCUGGCCAGUCUGCCAUCAAACACAAUGUAAAAUCGUUAAUCACUGGACCAAGCAAGCUACCCCGUGGAAUGCCUCAGCUGGAAAUGGUGCCAGAAAAUGUGAAGGUGGUGGAGCGAGGAAAAUACGAAGAUGUGAAGACCGGGGAUGCAGUACGUUCCCGUCACACGUCAGUAGUCAGCUCUGGUCCCUCUGUUCUCAGGUCAACUCUUCAUGAAACUCCUAAAUCACAACUGAGCCCUGGGAUUUAUGAUGAUACCAAUGCACGGAGAACACCUGUGAACUAUCAGAGUCCAAUGUCCAGGAGUUCACCUAUGAUGAAUAGAGUUAGUGAGGCUGGAAUAUCUUCUGGGAAGUCAGCAAAUCAUGAAAGGAAAAACACACUUACUCCCACACAGAGAGAGAGCGUGCCAGCAAAAUCUCCAGUCCCAGGGGUUGAUCCUGUAGUGGCUCACAGUCCUUUUGACCCUCAUCACAGAGGGGCUACUCCUGAAGUCUAUAGGAGUCAUCUCCCUCCUCACUUAGAUCCUGCUAUGCCGUUUCACAGGGCUCUGGAUCCUGCUGCUGCUGCUUACCUGUUCCAAAGGCAGCUCUCACCCACCCCAGGCUACCCAAGUCAGUAUCAGCUUUACGCAAUGGAGAAUACACGACAGACAAUCCUAAAUGACUACAUUACCUCACAGCAAAUGCAAGUCAACUUACGCCCUGAUGUAACCAGAGGAUUAUCUCCCAGAGAGCAAACUUUAGCUCUCCCAUAUGCAGGAGCAAGAGGAAUUAUUGACCUGAACAAUAUGGCUCCCACUAUCUUAGUGCCUCAUCCUGGAGGAACGAGCACACCACCCAUGGAGAGAAUCACUUACAUCCCUGGUACUCAGCUUACAUUCCCCCCUAGGCCUUACAAUCCUGCUUCUCUGUCACCAGGACACCCUACACACCUGGCAGCUUCUGCAGCUGCGAAUGCUGAAAGGGAACGGGAAAGAGAGAGGGAGAAGGAGCGGGAAAGGGAGAGGGAACGAGAACGGGAGCGGGAAAGAGAACGUGAGCGAGAAAGGGAGAGAAUAACUUCAGUCCCUGCUGAACUUUAUCUUCGACCAGGAACAGAGCAGCCUGGCAGACCUGGCAGUCAUGGAUAUGUUCGGUCCCCAUCCCCUUCAGUUAGAAGCCAGGAAAACAUACUGCAGCAAAGGCCUAGUAUUUUUCAAGGAACCAAUGGGACGAGCGUAAUCACACCUUUGGAUCCUGCUGCUCAGCUUCGUAUCAUGCAGCUCACUCCUGGAGCUCCCUCCAUAACUCAAGGUUUACCUGCUUCCCGCUACAAUACAGCUGCUGAUGCCCUUGCUGCACUAGUAGAUGCUGCAGCCUCUGCUCCUCAGAUGGAAGUUGCCAAAGCAAAAGAUGCCAAGCAUGAAGGAACCAGGAUAGAAGAGAAUGUGGGACGCAGAUCAGCUGUGGUUACUGAGCAGCAGCAGAUAGAGCAGAAAACACUGGAGGUAGAAAAGAGGGCUGUCCAGUGCCCCUAUACAUCUGCAAAUUUUUCUGGUGGCAAAUCCCAGGGACAGUCUUCAACAGUAGUCUAUUCAGAGGCUGGUAAAGAGAAAGGACCUCCUCCUAAAUCCAGGUACGAGGAAGAGCUGAGAACUCGAGGAAAGACCACAAUUACUGCUGCUAACUUCAUAGAUGUGAUCAUCACUCGACAGAUUGCUUCAGACAAGGAUGCACGAGAUAGGGGCUCUCAAAGUUCAGAUUCUUCCAGUAGUUUAUCUUCUCACCGGUAUGAAGCUCCUGGAGAUGCCAUUGAGGUGAUCAGUCCUGCAAAUUCACCUAUACCAACUCAAGAAAAGCUACAGCCCUAUCAACAAGAGACACCUAAACCAAGCCAAGCAGAGGGUGACCCAAACAGGCAGUAUGAAGGGACGAUUCACCGUUACAGGGCACAACAGGAACCCCCUCCUUCACCCCAGCAACCUCCACCUCCUUCCUCCCAGGCAGAAGGGAUGGCACACGUGCCCAGGACACACCGACUUAUCACCCUUGCUGAUCACAUCUGUCAAAUUAUUACACAAGACUUUGCUCGAAACCAGGCAGCUUCUCAGGCCUCUUUGCAGCCUCCCACCACUACAUUCCAGAACUCUACCCCAGCUCCAACGCCUGUUUCUACCCGAGCAAAAACAUCAAAUCGCUACAGCCCCGAGUCACAGUCACAACCAGUCCACCAUCAGAGGCCAGGUGCCAGAGUGUCACCUGAAAAUCUGUCUGACAAGUCCCGGGGAAGACCUGGAAAAUCUCCGGAGAGGAGUCAUGUUUCCUCAGAGCCCUAUGAGCCAAUCUCACCCCCUCAGGUCCCCGUUGUACAUGAGAAACAGGAAAAUAUUCUAUUGCUUUCCCAAAGAGCUGAGCCUACUGAACAGAGGACUGACUCUCGCUCCCCGGGCAGUAUAAGCUACCUGCCUUCAUUUUUCACCAAACUUGAGAACACUUCACCCAUGGUAAAAUCCAAGAAGCAAGAGAUAUUUCGAAAGCUGAACUCAUCUGGUGGAGGCGACUCUGACAUGGCAACUGCUCAGCCAGGGACUGAAAUAUUCAAUUUGCCAGCAGUCACUACCUCAGGUGCAGUCAGUUCUAGGGGUCAUUCCUUUGCAGAUCCUGCCAGUAAUCUGGGUCUAGAAGACAUUAUUAGAAAAGCAUUGAUGGGAAACUUUGAUGACAAGAGCGAGGAUCAUGGAGUUGUAAUGUCACAAUCCAUUGCAGUAGCACCUGGCAAUUCCAGUGCUGUGGUAUCAGCAAGCAAUGAGACACGUAGGGAAGAAGCCAAUCCAUCACCAAAUUCAGGAGGGGGAGUCAGCAAGCAGAAGUUAAUUGGCAAAUCAAACAGUAGGAAGUCAAAGUCUCCGAUUCCUGGACAGGGAUAUUUAGGAACCGAAAGACCUUCUUCUGUCUCAUCUGUACAUUCAGAAGGGGACUACCACAGGCAGACUCCGGUGUGGGCCUGGGAAGAUCGGCCUUCAUCAACAGGUUCCACACAGUUCCCUUACAACCCACUGACAAUGCGGAUGCUCAGCAGUACGCCGCCAACAUCCAUCGCCUGCGCCCCGCCGUCCAUGAGCCAAGCAACCACUCACCAACAGAACAGGAUCUGGGAGCGAGAGCCAGCACCACUGCUUUCAGCACAAUAUGAGACUCUGUCUGACAGUGAUGACUGAACUAUGCAGAUAUUUUUUUGUUUUAAUUUGCGGGUCAAAACAAAAGAUUUUAUUUUUGACUUGUGCCCAGAGAGACUUUCCAAGAGAGCGAGGGCCACACAAUGAAGAAUGAAUGGAGAGUCUGUUAAAUGCCUUCUGCACGGCUGUGUGUCGGAGGAUUGUGAUCAAGAAGGUUGACUUACUAAAGAUAAAUAUGUAAAAAGUUUUUAAAAAUGUGGACUAUUCCUGUUCUACAUCUAUUUGUAAAGAAAACCAUAAUGUCUUUAAAUCAUUCUUCUGUAAAUAGAGAGUACUUUUUGCAGUGUUUUUCCCUUGCUAUAGUAUCUGGUGUACUUAUGUUCAAAUCAUUGCCUAAACUUUGGGGGUCAUUUUGUAAUUUUUUUUUAAAGCAUUUUCUCAGUGUAGAGUUACUCCUCAUAACCGUGGCCUCCCUCCCAGCCUACCCUAACCGUACCCAAACCUCCCAGCCAGCCUAGCAUCGUUGCCCGUUUAAUGCUGUGCCACUUCUUGCAGGCAUUGUGCUUUUCUAUUUUCUUCCCCAGAUACACUUUCUCAGUGGUGUUCAAGCUCUUGUGAAGAUGUUGAUUUAUUAUUUUUUUUUUAAGACUGACCCCAUACUGAACUGUGUACAUGAACAUAGCCAGCUCGCUGGAAUAAGAUGAUAUAUUUCUUUGAAUUUUGAAUUCUGCCACAUUGUACAUUUUUGGUGCAGUUGAUUUUACUUAGCAACACUGCAGAAAUAUUAUUGCAUGGGUAUGUUAUGGUUAAUUUUAAAAAGGAAUAAAAGAAAAAAAAAAAACAACAAAACAAGAAGAGCAGCUUCUGGAGGCUGUACCUCACUGUUAUGCACACUGGGAAUUUCAACUGUGCCCCCAAAGCAAACCUUAAUGUUCUGUGUUUCUGCAUUGUAUGCAGUUGAAAUAGGCUACUAAAUCUUACCGUCGUGUUUAACCACAGCAAAUGGCUUUCCUGGACAGAGGCUCUGGGUGGAUUGAUAAGUCCUUCAAGAAGGAAAAACUCUACAUCCCAAGUUGAAAUAAAAACAAAAUGCUUUUAUAGAAUAAUUGA